AUGGCACCUGUUGGAAGCACUCAUUUCGAGACUCUACAGCUUCAUGCUGGACAUGAACCGGAUAUAGCAACAAAUGCAAGAGCUGUGCCAAUCUAUGCCACUACAAGCUUCACAUUCAAUGACUCUGCUCACGGGGCUAGGUUGUUUGGCCUCAAGGAGGUUGGAAAUAUUUACAGUCGUAUUGCGAACCCAACUGUUGAGGUUUUCGAAAAGCGCAUUGCAGCUCUUGAGGGUGGACGAGGAGCGGUAGCAUCUGCCUCUGGUCAAGCAGCUCAAUUUAUGGCCUUUGCCGCAUUGGCCCAUGCCGGAGACAACAUCGUAUCCACGACGAAUCUUUAUGGAGGAACAUACAAUCAAUUGAAGAUUUUUCUUCCAAGAUUAGGCAUAAAGACCAAAUUCAUUCAAGGAGACAAGGCAGAGGAUUUUGCCAAGGCUAUAGACGAAAAUACAAAAGCUGUGUACAUUGAGAGUAUUGGAAAUCCAAAAUAUAACGUCCCAGACUUUGAGGCUAUUGCCAAAGUUGCACACGAUGCCGGAGUUCCUCUCGUCGUUGAUAACACAUUUGGAGCAGGAGGAUAUUUCUGCCGCCCUAUCGAUCAUGGAGCCGACAUUGUCGUACAUUCGGCGACCAAAUGGAUUGGCGGACACGGAACGACCAUUGGUGGCGUAGUCAUUGAUGCAGGAAACUUUGACUGGGGAAAACACGGCAAGCGAUUCCCAGAAAUGGUUGAACCAUCUGAUGGAUAUCAUGGACUAAAGUUCUGGGAAACAUUUGGCCCCGAUACUUUUAUUACUCGUGUUAGAGUUGAGAUUCUCCGAGAUUUGGGAAGUUCAUUGAAUCCAUUUGGAGCAUUCCAGCUGAUUCAAGGUCUUGAAACUUUGAGCUUGAGAGGAGAGCGACAUGCUCAGAACUCAUUGGCGUUGGCAAAGUGGCUUGAGAAGAAUCCCCACGUUUCCUGGGUAUCAUACCCAGGAUUAGAGAAUCACCCAUCCCAUGAGUUGGCCAAGAAAUACUUGCCUCGUGGAUUUGGCGGUGUCUUGAGUUUUGGGGUUAAAGGCGGAGGAGAUGCUGGUAGCCAGGUUGUUGAUGGCUUCAAAUUGAUUUCUAAUCUAGCCAAUGUUGGAGAUCUAAAAACUCUAGCUAUUCAUCCAUGGUCUACAACUCACGAACAACUUUCUCACGACGAAAGACUGGCCUCUGGUGUCACUGAGGAUCUUAUCAGAAUCUCGGUUGGCACAGAACACAUUGAUGAUAUCAUCAAGGAUUUCGAACAAUCAUUCGAAGCAGCUUCUGCAGCGAAAACAAGUCGUGGUAACGACUCCAAUGCCCAGAAGACUGGUAAUAUUAGUGGUGAUGCUAAAUUGGUUGUUUAA